UGAUAUCUUCCUUCUAUAUAUACAGGAUCAGGCUUCUGAUGUUGAUGUGCUUCUUGCCGAUGCGGACGGAAUCUUCCAUUCAAUCAAGGCUCUGAGCCAAAGUGAUGGAAGAUGGCGCUAUAGUUCUGAUAAUCCAGAGUCCAGUACCUUUGCCGCUGGGUUAGCACUUGAAGCACUGGCUGGAGUGAUCUCAUUAGCAUCUUCUGAAAUUGAUCUGUCUAGGGUUUCAUUUAAUUUGCUUGAGAAGUACUUUGGAAGCACACUCAAAGGGGCAAACUUUUAUAUAUUGUUCUGUUUCAAGUCCUCUAAGAACAAAUUUAAACUAAACUAUUGUUGACACCCUGGAAGAAGCCGCACAACUAAAAGAUAGAGCAGAUAAUUAUAAGUUUAGUUGAUUAUUUUGAGGUUUUACUUUAUGUAUUUGGUUUUGUUUGAUCUAGCACCUCUCUUUUUCUAACUGUUGGUAUAAAUACUAUUGUUUUAUAGAACUCUGGGUUUGACUUUGAAAGCAAUGAGACAUACUUUCGAGCUGGGUUGAAGUUUUUGCAUGGAGCAUCUAUUUUAGAAAAUUGUGACAAUGACAGUAACAAACUUGGGGAAAUGAGUCAAAUGCAAAUUUAUGGUACUGCGGCCAAACGUUUCAAGUACUAAUGUGAAGAUAGCUUCUGCUCCAUCCAGCGUGUGCAUCCCCUGAGCAAAGAUUGAUGCAUAAGAGGAAGGCCGCGAGGGUGGAAGGGGCAGCUAGUGCGUCUGGAAAAGAAAAAACAGUGACCGAGACUGGCGAGCCGGCUGAAGAUCUUAGGCAUAAGAUCGAGUUCAACUUCGACGCCACCGAGGAAAAAGUGAUGGCUUCCAUAUCUGAGCAGCAGAUGUCCGAGUAUGUGCUUGGUAACCUGUUGCGUUGUGGAGCGGCGGCUUUUAAGAUGGCGUACGCAUCCAGUAGGGGAGAUGUUCAGAACGAAGUAGGUCGUCUCAAAAAACAACUUGAGGACGUCCAGGCCGCACAUGCUGGGUGUACAGAGAAAGCCAAUGAAGCUGCCAAAGUCAUUGAGGAGGGAAAGGCCCAUGCUGAGAGGUUGCGUAGAAUUAGCUUGGAGCUGCAGACCGAGCGGGACGGGCUGCUCAAAGACAUGGAAGAAGCAAGGAAGACGAUUGCUAACUUGAGCAAUAUUCAGAAGGAGCGGGAUGAGCUGCUGAAGGAAAAUGCCGAGCUUAAGCAAGAGAAGGUAGAGUGGAAGAAUACUGAGGCCGAGAUGUUAGAGGCCAUUGGUCAGGAGCACACCAAGGGAUUCAAUAAGGCCUUUUGAACUUAGGAAUCUGUAAGUGGCCUGAUAAAUUAGGAAUCUUAUACUAGCUUUUCUGGAACUUCGUAGUAUUCUGUAAUUGCUUCAUAAGCCUUUUGAACAUGGUUUUUUCUGGUUUGAUUGUUGAUGUACCUUGCAUAUUUCGUUGGGAUAGAAACUUGCCUUAUCAAGUUGUUGCGUUAAACUCGUUAGUCUAUCAUACUUAGACUUUUGUUUUUCGUGAUGGAUCCAUC